AUGGACCCCGAAUACAUCAAAGCCAUGCCCAUAAAGCCGCAUGACCAGACAAGCAACCAGCUAUGGGUAGAUAUCCAGCUCGGCCAUCCUUCCAACGCCGAACUCCUAGUUCAGACCGCGAAUGAACUAAAGGACAAAGGCUGGUUGGCUAUAUAUACUAGAAUGGCAGUCUUAAUGUGCAAGAAGAAUAUUGAUCUGAUUCAAGGCCGUGUCCUGCUUCAGACCCUACCCUCCAAGGCAUAUGAUACUCAGGCAACUCUUGACCACGCACGACUGUAUGACCAGGAGUUUGCAAGAGCCAAUAUUGGCCGAGACAGAUACUGCAUCAAGAUACCAUCCACUGGCCCAGCCUUGAAUGCGGCUAAGAUUCUAAGCUCCGAGGGAAUUCCGACACUCGGAACAGCAUUAUUUGGUCUUCCGCAGGCUAUUGCCUGUAGCCAGGCAGGAAUGCUAUACAUCAGCCCAUAUUUCAAUGCUCAUGAUGAUCUAUCCCUUUGGCCCGAUGUUGAAGACCCUGCCACCCAGCAUCCCAUGAGCGCCCGAGUCUUCCAAAUUCUCGAAACAUACAGACGAUUGUAUAAAGAGACUGGCAAAGAGCAGCCACUUCUCAAGAAUGCGAGCUUCAUCUCUGCUAAGGAAGCUAUGGCGGCUGGUGAAUUAGGUUGCCACUCCGCCACAAUCUCCCAUACGGUUCUAGAUCAGCUUGCAAAGCUCAAAUAUGACGGUACCAAGCAACCUGGUGAAGGCACGCCUAAGCCCGUCCAUGUGUACAGAACCCCUCCCCAGACAUCCGAAAGGCUCCGCAAGCUCGCCAAGGUCGACCCGCUUGCCGCCGCAGAAUGGGAUGGCAAGCUGGCCAGCACUGACAUUGACUACCUCGCCAACGGCGGAGAAGAGCUGACUAAAGCGAUUGAGGCUGACCCCAUUACCAAAGAAAGAUUGGCAAUCGCUCUAGAGCUCUUUACCGGAGGCGAAAACAGGAGCAAGGACAAGAUCGACACAGCGGUUCAGGCCUUGUGA